AUGUUUGGUUUCUUUUCUCGUCCACCAAAGGCGCCCCAGCGCGUGCCAACUGACCUCGUUGUCCCGGUCGGCUUCUUUGACGAUACUAUUAUUUUCAGAACGUUUGUCUUAUACACCCUGUUUGUUUUCGACGAUGUCCUCGAUCCUGAGAGGCUGCGUACCUCGCUGGAACGUGUCGUGAGCCGCCCUGGCUGGAGCAAGCUGGGUGCUCGGCUAAGAAGAAAUGACCGUGGGGAAUUGGAGCACCAUAUACCAGCCGAAUUCACUCCAGACCGCCCAGCAGUGGAAUUUAGCCAUGUGGACUACAGUGCUUUCGCAAAAGAAGACCAUCCCGCUGCAUCGUGUAUACCCCGUCCCUGUAAUGAUCAGCCGGCGGUUGUGGGAGAUCCCGAUGACCUCUCGGACCUGAUUUAUGGCCAUGAAGUACCUAAAAAGCUUGAUGAUUAUAUAUAUACCGACCGUCCUCAGCUUGGUCUACGGGUUGUCUCAUUCAAGGACUCGACCGUGGUCGUCCUGCAUUGGAUACACCUCGCCUUUGACGCGACAGCAAAGCGGGCCCUUUUAGAUGCUUGGAUGCUGAUGCUCCAGGGCAGAGAGAGUGAAAUCUUGGAGCCACUGGGCCCUCACGAGUAUAUCUUGGAGCACCUUGGCAAGAAUCCUACAGAGCCCCAUGUCCUUGCCGAGCACCAUCUGUCCAAGCCAGGCCUUGUCUGGUGGGUACUCCAGAACUUCUACAACUUGAUAGUCAGUGAGAAAGAGCAUCGCAUGGUCUGUAUGCCUGCGACGUAUCUCGCAAAGUUAAGAGAGAAGGCUCUCGCGGAACUUGCUGCUCAGAUUGCUGGCGAGAAAUCGGAGGUUCCAUUUCUAAGCGAAGGAGAUGUCCUAGUUGCUUGGGUAUCGCGCUUGGCAAUGGCUAAUCUUUCAGAGGAUUCGGAGAAAACGGUCGCCAUACAACAGGCUUAUCAAUGGAGGCCGGUGUUGGCAGACCUACUACCCGAUAGGCGUCCAUUCCUCAGCAACUGCGUUGGCUUUCUUAGUACUCUGCUGCCGGUUAAAGAUCUACUUCAGAAGCCACUCAGCUAUGUAGCGGCCCAGAUCCGUCGCUCAAUUACAGACCAAGGGUCUCGCGAACAAGUCGAGGCCUACACAUCGCUGGUCCGACUUGACCCAGCCAAUAGGGCGCCUCCAUUCUUUGGUGAUAGAUCAAUGCACCUGUUCAUGUUUUCUAAUUGGCAGAAAAGCAAUAUGUACAAGGUGGACUUGAUGACUGCGACUGUGAUGCCACGGCAAACACCACUGACACCAUCGUAUGUCCAGAGCGUACAGGGUCCAUACAAUUUUACAGAUGCAGUCAUCAUUGUGGGGAAAGAUGCUGAGGGUAACUAUUGGCUGUCGGGAUAUAGGUCAAAGGGACUCUGGGAGAUGAUGGAAAAGAAAAUGAGGGAGGAGGUGAUCUGA